AUGUCCUUUCGCGGAGAUCACCCAUUGGAACCAGAACCCGGCAUUGGGGCUGAUGAGGGUCGUUGGAACUUGCGAACAAUGACGCAUGUAGCCCAGCAGAGAUCGCAAGGUCCAAAGAGUCGUCGCUUUUCUACCGACUCACUUGGUUCCAAUCGUAACAUCAUAGCUGGUGUUGCGAUACUCAGCCGUCUCGUGCUUUGGUCCAUCGCCGUCACUUCCGCCCACUUGGGGAGUGCAUACGAUGCUUCUACCGCUCUACCGUCUGGACCGUGGCGGGACGGCACUUUCAGUGAUCCACCCGCGCUGCAAGAGAGAGGACAAGAUUCUUUGUCACGUCCUUCCUAUUUAGACGCUACUUUACAGCGCAAACUCCUAGCACCUUUUGUCAGAUGGGACGCGGUGUACUUUUUGAAGAUUGCGGAAGCAGGAUAUACAUAUGAACACGAAUUUGCCUUCUUCCCCGGUCUUCCUUUGCUGAUGCGGGCGCUAAGCGCUAUCCUUCCUUCAUGUGGACUUGAGAGACGGACAAUACUUAUGCUUAUGGGCGUUACGAUAUCCAAUGUUGCCUUCGUUGGGGCCGCUGUGGUUCUCUAUAGGUUAGGAUGUCGGCUGCUCAACGAGCGCCUGGCUUUCACUGCUGCGAUACUUUUCUGUGUAACUCCUGCUGGUCUCUUUAUGUCCGCCAUCUACACAGAAUCCCUGUUCGCUCUUUUAUCCUUCAUUGGCAUGGCCCUUAUAGUCGACCGUCGAUACAUGCUAGCUGCAAUAGCAUGGGCCUUGGCUACCGCGGUUAGAUCGAACGGGAUCGUGUAUGCCGGAUUCUUUGCGUGGAGUUUGAUUAUUUUGCCUUUGCAAAAUGGUGCUAAGCUAUCCGUAGCCUGCAGUUUAGGACGAGUAUUCCAAACCCUCAUUCUCUGCACGGUCGUUGCUGCUCCUUUUUUGGGGUUUCAGUAUUACGCCUAUCAUCUUUUUUGCGGUGGACAUCCUCAACAGGAGCUACGGCCGUGGUGUAUGAACGCAGUGCCCAGUUUGUACAAUUUUGUGCAAAAGGAGUAUUGGAACAAUGGAUUCCUACGUUAUUAUCGGCCACAGCAAAUACCCAAUUUUGUCCUAGCAGCACCAAUAUUCACCAUAUCAGUUGCCGGCAUUCGGGAGUACGUCAAGCACGACCCACUUCGAUUUGUCUCCAUCGGCUUCCGACGAAGCACCCGGAAUGGAAAUGGUACCAAUUGGGUCAUAUUUAGCAGCCAUCUUCUUCCCUAUGUUUAUCUCUGGACAUUCUUGACCUUCUACUGCGCAACCAUGAUGCACGUGCAGGUCGUUGUGAGAUUCUUCACUUCUAUGCCCUGUGUUUAUUGGUUUGCCGCUUACUUGGUUUUGGGGAACGUGGAGGGGCGAAGGCAGGGAUCACAGUGGGGAAAAGCAAUUCUGACCUAUUUUGUCCUAUACGGGAUGGUCACAACGGUUCUGUUUGCAAAUUUCCUUCCGCCAGCGUAGACUAGUCCUUAAUGAUAUACAUGUACACAGCUUCAAGGGAAGCUCGAGUGAAAGUUUCAAUAUACCCAUUGAACCUAGAGAUUCC